AUGGCUGAUAUCAGCACGCCCGUGGCCACCACAGCCUGUCCUCUCCAAAAGGUCCCUCUCGAGGUCCUCCUGCGGAUAACUUACUUCCUCACCACUCCCGAACUCGGCAAUCUACGCCUGACAUGCCGUUCAAUCGAGCAGGCUUUGUUCAUUACCUUUAACAAUGAAUUCUUCACCCGGAAACAGUUUAUGAUCUCGGAAACAAGCCUCCAGGCCUUGAUUGACAUAUCAAAGAACGCUCGUGUCGGCAGCAAUCUUCGGAAGGUGCAUUUUGGACUUGAUCGCUUCGCCCAUGCCCUUCAAGUCAAUGGCAACAACGCGCGAGCCAUCCGGCAGAUUCAGCUGUACGACGGUCAGUUCUCCCUCUUGAGCACAGGCUAUCAUCGGGACAUGCUUGCAGAAGCUUUCAGAAACCUCAGCAACCUUGAAGACGUAGUCAUCCGUGACUUCAACUCCAACAGACGCUCUCGUGAUGGCCCUGGAAAGCAAUGGACAAGCUAUGGAUCAACUACAGCGUUCAGAGAGACUGGGAAUCGCCCUGGCCAGGGCAAUGGCUUGGCUUGGGGCCCUGACCCAUCGACAGCUUAUGGAAGCUCGAUUUUUAUUUCUGUCCUUUUCGCACUGGGACAAGCCAACGCAAGACCAAAGGGAAUCGAGUACAUGUCGAGAUGUAAGAAUCAUUUGCGGGACUAUGCCUUCAACAUCCCCUCCUAUAUGGAGCCCUCAGUGACCCCAGUCCUGGAGAAUCUCGAAAAGUUGCACAUCGAUAUCGAUCUGCUCGAAGGGAGCAACUUUUCCAGCCAUGAUACUGAUGGUAACCCUCCUAGUGCGGACAUGAUGCUGCGCGUAUUUCUGCUGAAGCUGAAGAACAUCAAGCAUCUACGUAUCAACGAGACUCACAGCAGCGUCACCGGGCCCGGCAUGCUUCUCAAAUGGCUUGGAAGCGAGAAUACAUCCCCUUCCCCAGCAUCUGGACCUUCACCGGAAUAUCCCCAGCUUGAAGAGCUGAAUUUUGGCAUGAUGAACGUGGAAGCACAGCAUCUACUGGCCGUUGCCCGAAAGUUCACAACGCUCAAACGACUAGAGCUGCACAAGGUCACCCUCCGUCGUCGCUUGCCAGAAGGUCAUACAGGCGCCCCCCCAAGGGUUCAUAUGUGGAACAAAUUCCUUGAAAAGCUCAAGGAGAUUCCCAAUCUUGAACUUCGUCACAUCAGAGUGAGCCUACCGCAACAACAGUGGAUUUCACUCCAGUCACGUUGUUACGUCUCUAUUGAGGGCACAACAGACAAUGCCAGCCAAUACACAGGCCCCGACUGGAAGCACUUUGUCGAGCACGAAAUGAUUCCCAAACUUAAUGUGAAGUGGCCGCGACAAGAGAGUGGCGAAAGUGACGACGAAGACGACGACGAGAGUGACGGUAUUUGGGACCAAUAUGCGCUUGAUCUGUAA